GUGUCCGGCAGGUAUUGUCCUGGGUACCACUGAAGGAUCAAGUCACUACUCCUGCUGUAGAGCCCUUGACCAAGGCUGUUGGUCCAUGGGUCCAGGUGCAUUUUCUCUUCUCCUCAUGUUGCGCUAUGCGCAGAGUGCGAUUGACCUCAGUUGCACCCAGGACCAGUUCCUCCAUGUCAAUGGUAGCUGUGUGGACUGCCCCACCUGUGGACCGGGCCAGCAGCUCUCAGAGGAUUGUGGCUAUGGCGACGGGGGAGGGGGCCACUGCGAGCCAUGUGGGGAGGCGGAGUUCAGCGCGGAGACGGGGUUGGCACCCUGCUGGCAGUGCACCCAGUGUGCCCUGCUGAACCGUGAGGAGAGGGCAUCCUGCACCCCCACCAGCAACGCGGAAUGCGGCGGCUGCCUGAAGGGGUUCUAUGAGCUCAAGAGGAAGAACGGGGUGAUCGAGCCUCUGUGCAUGCCCUGCCUCGGCCCCUCUGGGGGACUCCGAAGGGACUGCCUACCCCCUGGACCCAGUGCAGGACUGGCUCCGACCAUUUCCAGAACAAGGCCAAAGGAAGAUUCUAGAAGUAUGCAGUCUCAUAUUUACACUCUAAACUUGUAUAAUUCAGAAGCAUCGUGUUUAUAA